GUCCAGAGCUCAGAAGACGCAGCCAGUUUCAUUGGGAAAACCACGCUUUCCAAGGCAAGACAUAAUGCGCAUCCCAACGUGGUUCAUCCUAUUGUCCGCAUUGGCCUUCUACAGCGCCUCGUGUGAAGAACUAUCCUUCAAGCCCAGUUGUACGAGGGAACAGCUGACCGCUUGCGGCUCCGACUACCUCGUGUUCAGCAACGUCACCACUCUACCAGAAGGCGGGAAGGAGUUCGAAGAAAACUGCCUGUUCCUGCAGAUGCAGAUCUCCUGCACCCAGGAGUUCGCGAAGAAAUGCUUGGAUGGCGUUCCACGAGCGGCGAUCAUUAUAGCUCUACAGUCGAUGGAAGAAGAAUACGAGGCCAUCUGCACGGAAGGCACAGAAGAGAAUGAAAAUUACCACAAAAGCAUCGUGUGCACGAACAAAGCCGGCACAGCAAUCAACAAAUGCUACGCCAAGAUGCGUGACCAGAUGGAGGUCGGAGUGACUGCACCUCGGGGCCAGACCAUCGGCUACGCUUGCUGUGGAUACCACGAUACCAAGGACUGCUUCGGUGAAGCACUGGAGAACUGUUCCGGCACACCUGCAAAGGAGUUCAUGACGAGCAUCCUGGACAAGGUGUUCGGCGAGCCGCUUAGUCUUAUUUGUGGCGAGUACAGUCGGGACUCGGAUGCAUGCCGGACUCUGCCAAAGCUUACUCUCCCGUCAGACUCGAAGGACUUUGGCAAGAAGGGACUGAUCGAGCUGGCCAUAGACCACGCUGCCGCCUUUUUCAACAGGCACUAGUCCUGUGGAUGAGCACGUAGGUGUAAACGAGCCGUAGACAGUUCCGCUGAGGCUGCGAAAGCAAAGAAAGACCAGUGGCAUAGCACAAUAACUUCUGUUUGUGAAUUUCUCAAGAUGUGGGAGUUUAGCACCAGUGUUGUGAUAACAUGAAGAGCAAUAAAUACGCAAAAACUGAAAAUAAGCAUUUUUUAUCACGUUGUGUAGCAAUGCAGAAUAAACGACUGCAUGAACUGAAACUGCCCAGUGCAGCCACAACUGCAGGAAAGAGGAACUGAAUAUGUAAGACACAAAGAAAAAAAAGAACAAAGACACUAUGAUAUGUGAAAUGCCAUCGUAUGCGCAGGAAGCGUCUACGGGCACCAUACGACCAACGUAACCAGAAAAUAUUCAACAGGCAGAAAGACGCAGUGCAGG